AUGUCUCGUAGGAACGACUUGGAUGCAGAUCUGGAGGUGGAUCUCCAAGGGGGGGAUAGCCAUUCGGCGGCAACCACUAUCACGCUGGAGGAUCGUCCGGGCAAGCCACAAGUGCGAUUCUUUAGCAUUGGACCCAGUAGCUACCAGGUGCGGUGCCCAUUGUGCCAGCAAAAUUCCAAAACGGAAACCGUGGAGAUGACAGGAGCAUUGGGUCAGCUGAGCUGCCUCUUGUCCACUCUUUCCUGUUGCUUCCCCAUCUUCGCCCUGACAUUCGUCUACUCCUGUCUGCAAAGUCGCCUGAAGUCGAAGCGCGUGUUCUGCAGCCGUUGCGGUGGUCACUUGGGCUUCCACUGGCGUCCCACUUAGUUGGUCAUCCACUUAGUUAGCUCUCUGAAAUAAAAGCGAUCUAUUAAUAAA